GAAACAAAACACACACAAAAAAAAAAACAUGAAAUAAAAGUCAUAUGGAAAAAUACAUUUGCAUUGUAUAUAUGAAACGAAGAAAAUCGCUAAAUUAUCAUUUAAUAAACGUUUUUGUACGACCAGUGUUUAGUUCAUUGUAUACUAAGGAAACGUAACAGAGAAAAAUUGUUGCUUGAAGUGCACAAAUGCGUUUUUGUAAAUGAAUUGAAAAAAUAACAAAGAAACUAUACGUCCAUAAACAAGUGGGUAUGUGAGAAUCGAUUUGGUUACUUAAAAUAGCAUUUUUAUUUUCUUACACCAUUUGAAUGCAAUUAUUGCAUUCGACCAACUUCCUUUGCCGCACAUCUGGUAACUAUCAGGGGAUGAUCGUGCUUAACACUGACUCAUCAAUCAAUGUAUGAAUGCAAAAACGCAAAUUCGCGAGAGAAAAAAAAAUAAGAAUUUCCGUAGACAGGGUCAACUCGUUGGCGUCAAGUGAAAGUGUUGUUAUUUUCAAGCGAAUCCACAACGAUUUAUUCAUAAAUUGGAUCACAUAAAGGCCAAUUACCAUUGAGGAGACUGUAAGGAGAGUCAUUGGCCAUCGAGGCAGUGACUGCUUAGAAAUGAGCAACAUUACACCUGAACAUUAUUGUGCAAACCUCGAUUGUGACAGUGACGAUGAUUAUGAUAACAACAAUGACAAAGAAGGUUACAAUGAAAUGAAUACGGUAGAUAAUAAGCAACAGGCAUCUGAUAAGUGUAACGUGAUAAAUCCCAAUUCAGUGGUGGUAAAUCAACGACGUCAAAAAAUGGCCAGCGAUUAUCCAUCGACAAAUCAAUUGGGUUUAGAUAAAACCAUGAAUGAUAAUAUAACAAACCAAAGAAAAUCCUAUAAUCAUGUAAACAACACAGCAACAUCAACCACAGAGGAGAUAAGCUUUACCGGAGUGCCAACAAGUAGUAGUCAACCGUCUGCGUCAUCGUCAUCAUCCCAGCUGAGUCCAAUGUCAGCGUUCAAUGAAGAUCGUAUGCGACGUAAACUACAAUUUUUCUUUAUGAAUCCAAUCGAAAAAUGGCAGGCACGCCGUAAAUUUCCAUACAAAUUUGUUGUACAAUUAAUUAAAAUUGUACUGCUUACCAUGCAACUUUGUUUAUUUGCACAUUCACGAUACAUUCAUGUCAACUAUACAUGGGAUAAUCGUGUGUCAUUUUCGCAUUUAUUUUUACGUGGAUGGGAUGAUACGAGCGAGGUUGAAUCUUAUCCGGCAGCUAAGGGUCCAUUUGCAUUAUACUUUCAAGAUGAAUUCUAUGAUACCAUUGAUUAUGCGGUGGCCGGAUACAAGAAUUUAAGUCGUUCAAUUGGCUCUUAUUCGUAUCCAACACAAGAUAAUACAAUGCCACCACUGAAGCUGUGCAUUCAUCACUAUGAGGAAGGUGAAAUUUACGGUUUCAAUGAGAGUUAUACAUUCAAUCCGAUAAUAAAUGUGAUUUGCACAAAUUUAACGAGCAACCUUACAGAUAGUCGCACCUAUUUGGCCGACAAAGGUAUUGAUAUAAAAUUUUCGGCAUUCGUACAGGCAACAUUAGAUUUUUCAAUAAAAACCGUCAAUCUUAAGGCGGCCGGACCAAUAGCACCACCCGAUUGCUACCAAUUUGAUAUCGAAAUUCUAUUCGACAAUAGUGAUCACGAUGGCCAAAUGCUACUGUCACUUGAUGCAGAACCGAUACGAUUGCAGUGCCAUGGUGAUGCAUUGUAUAAAACUGAUACGGCUAUCGAUAGAGCACUUCGAAGUUUACUUAAUGGAUUUGUGAUUUUGAUAUGUGUUGCAUCAUUUUCAUUGUGUACACGUGCUUUAUAUCGUGCUCGAUUGUUACAAAAACAAACCGAUACCUUUUUCCGUGUCACCUACGGAACGCCAUUAAGCAGUGACGAUUGCUGGCAGUUUGUAAAUUUUUGGUAUAUCAUGAUCAUCUGUAAUGACAUUCUAUUGAUAUUGGGAUCAAUUUUGAAAGAACAAAUCGAACGAGAGAAUUUCUUCAACGAUCAAUGGGACAUAUGCUCUGUAUUUUUGGGCGUUGGAAAUAUGCUGGUUUGGUUUGGUGUUUUACGAUACUUUAGCUUCUUCAAAACGUACAACGUUGUUAUAUUGACGCUUAAACAAUCAGCACCGAAAAUUCUACGUUUUCUAUUGUGCGCUCUUAUGAUUUAUGCUGGUUUCACGUUUUGCGGUUGGCUUGUAUUGGCACCGUAUCACAUCAAAUUUCGUUCGUUGGCCACAACAUCCGAAUGUUUGUUCUCACUUAUCAAUGGUGACGAUAUGUUUGCCACGUUUUCAAUUAUGUCCACCAAAUCGCAAUUGUUAUGGUGGUUUAGUCGCAUUUAUUUAUACUCAUUUAUUGGGCUAUUUAUUUAUGUGGUGAUUUCAUUGUUCAUUGCUGUGAUUAUGGAUGCAUAUGAUACGAUCAAAAAGUUUUACAAAGAUGGGUUUCCAAACAGUGAACUGAAGCGUUUCAUUGGACAAAUGCAUCCAAAUGAUUUUUCAUCGGGUAUAUUUCGAACGUAUGCCGAUGAAGAAGAACAACAAUCAAUAUGGGAUACAAUGAAAACUGUUUGCUACCUCUGUUGUGGUCUCAAAAGAAAAGAAAAUCCAGGACCAACCGGAUAUGAAACACUCGUUACAUCUUAGCACGGUUAAAAUAUAUACAUAUAUACAUACGAAAACAAAACCUAUCUUCAAUUAAUUAUUAUGUAUAGAAAAAGUAAGUAGAACAAAUCGAUAUGGCUAUAUAUCUGUUUCUGGCUGCCUUUGCAUUGUUCUUUAUUGUAAUCUUUGUUUUAUUAUUACUGUUUUUUUCUUUUGCUUUUUCAAAGAGAACAAGGAUAUGUGUUUACCGCAAGUGUAUAUUAGAAACAACAAAAUGUAUAUUAAAAUUAACAAACGAAGUGAUCAGGUGAAAUAGAACAAAUUUACCUGAAAACAAUUUUAUUAAAUUAUAUUAAUUACUUUUUAAAAAUGUCAUUUUAUUUUGUCAAAUUGUUAAUAAACAUUCAAUGGACAAUCAAAA